GCGGCCACCCGGAGGCAGCACACAGGUCAACGUGGAGGUGCCGGGCCACCAUGCUCAGUCUCAAGCUGCCCCAGCUCCUUCGCGUCCACCAGGUCCCCAGGGUGUUCUGGGAAGAUGGUAUCAUGUCUGGCUACCGCCGCCCCACCAGCUCGGCCUUGGACUGUGUCCUCAGCUCCUUCCAGAUGACCAACGAGACCGUCAACAUCUGGACUCACUUCCUGCCCACCUGGUACUUCCUGUGGCGCCUCCUGGCGCUGGCGGGAGGCCAGGGCUUCCGGUCGGAGCCCUACCACUGGCCGCUGCUCGUCUUCCUGCUGCCCGCCUGCCUCUACCCGUUUGCGUCGUGCUGCGCGCACACCUUCAGCUCCAUGUCACCCCGCGCGCGUCACAUCUGCUACUUCCUGGACUACGGCGCGCUCAGCCUCUACAGCCUGGGCUGCGCCUUCCCCUAUGCCGCCUACUCCAUGCCGGCCUCCUGGCUGCACAGCCGCCUGCACCAGCUAUUUGUACCCGCCGCCGCACUCAAUUCUUUCCUGUGCACCGGCCUCUCCUGCUACUCCCGGUUCCCCGAGCUAGAAAGCCCUGCGCUCAGUAAGAUCCUCCGCACGGCUGCCUUCACCUAUCCCUUUCUGUUCGACAACCUCCCGCUCUUCUAUCGGCUCGGACUGUGCUGGGGCAGGGGCCACAGCUGUGGGCAGGAGGCACUGAGCACCAGCCACGGCUACCACCUCUUCUGCGCGUUGCUCACUGGCUUCCUCUUUGCCUCCCACCUGCCUGAGCGGCUGGCACCAGGACGCUUUGAUUACAUCGGCCACAGCCACCAGCUAUUCCACAUCUGUGCAGUGCUGGGCACACACUUCCAGCUGGAGGCGGUGCUGGCUGAUAUGGGAUCUCGCCGAGCCUGGCUGGCCAUGCAGGAACCGCCGCUGGGCCUGGCGGGCACAGUGGCCACACUGGGCUUGGCAGUGGCCGGGAACCUGCUCAUCAUUGCUGCUUUCACAGCUUCCCUAUUUCGGGCUCCCAGUACGUGCCCCCUGCUGCAGGGUGGCCCGCUGGAGAGGAAUACAAAGGCCAAACUACAGUGAGGCCCCAGCUCUGAGCCUGCCCUGGAGGGAAGCAGAGGCCAGGCGCACCGCCCCCCCCCGCCCCCCCC